UGAGAUGGUUAUCUCAGACACACCCAUCAAAAGCACAGAUCUAAAGAAAGCAAAGAGAGAAUGGCAGUAGCUAAAGAGUCCCCUAACAUGUUCCUACUGGGCAUACUGGCAGUGAUCCUGGGCUGUAUGCUGGCACUAGAGAAAAGUGGAGCAAGUGUCGUAAAAGAUAUGAAAGAGCUGAAACAGAGACAAGUUGACAGUGAGAUAGCUAAUCGCUCGGGGCAACACCAGACAGAGGAGGCAAUGCAAGAGAUGCUCCAGGUACAGAAGAAGCUGGAGCAGAAGCUGAGUGAACUAGAGGCACAGUUUAGUCAAAGAGAAGAGGAUUAUUUGCAAAGAGUGGAGGGCCAACAAGGAGAAAUGGAGGAGCUCAAGCAGUUUGUGGAGGCUGUCAAACAAACUAAGAGAGCUGAGGAAGAGGCCAUACAAGAGCAAGCAAGACAAGAGCAAACAAAACAAGUGCGAGCAAAACAACAACAGGCCAAUUAGGAAACCUUGUAAACUGGCAGUGUACUUACUGUACACAACUGUAUUAUCUUGCAUAUAAACACGUGCCCCCACUCCAUAAAUAUUUAUAUGCCAUAUUUAUGCUUCAUUAAUAACUGC